AUGAAAGGUGGUUCCCCUGUGUUCCGCUUGUGCGUUUUCUGGCUUGUGGUACUGAAGGCUCUGCUGUAUUCCGUGGGAUCGCACGCCAAGAGAAACACACUACCGAGCGAUAGGCACAGGAACAUCUUAGCAAAUGAAUCCUACAUACCUGGGAAUAGGGGAGGUACCCCCCUGAAUGGGCAUAGAGAAGGGCGCAGGAAGAACUCGGUGGGUAAUGGCUACCCAUAUGGUUACCUCCUCAACAGGGCCUUUUCCAAACCGUAUAGGAAUGCAACCCCCCAGAGAAGACGAAGGGAGAAGGAAGAAGAAACGAUGAAAAGGAACACAUUGUAUGCGGAGAAUUACAAAAUAAGUUUGACGGACAAGCCAAUUAUUGAAGAUGUACCCCGAAAUGUAAAGGGAAGAAUCAAUGAGUGGAUACCGGAAUUUGAUGAAGAUAACAAAAUGGGUUUUUUCCCAAUCCUGUUAGAGGAAAUGUCCAAUGAGCCAUCGCCACUACAAGUAGGUUUCGAAGACUACAUGCAAUUCAAUGGAGAAAAUGUAGAAGAUAUUUUUAAAAAUAUGACUAGGGAAGUAAGCAUAAAUGGAAGUAAAAAAAAAAUAUUUGGCAUGUGUUUUUUUAAUCACAAAACAGGAGUCUUGGCUCCUUUAGCUGUUUAUGCAGAAAUUAAGGAUAUUACAAAAGUAGGGAAUAAUUUAGCUGUAAAGGGAAUUGUAAGAGGUCGAAUUAUAAUAGAGGAUAUUAUUUCUCAGGAACCAUGUAUUUUAGGGAAGGUAUCACCAAUUGAAGAUAAAAAAGGAUUGUCAGAUGCAGAGGAGAGUUUAAAAAUGGUAGAUGAAAUUAUUAGGAUUCAUUCACAGUGUACAAGUUUAGAAUCUCAACUGAUGGAACAACUUGAUCAAUCAUUUGCAUCUAUGAAUAUUAAAUUAAGAAAUGAUUUAAAAGAAUCCAUAGAUGCAAAACUAGAGAAAUUUCAAGUAGAUCCUUCUGAUCCUGAACAAAGACAAGCUUUCGUCCAGAUUGCAUCUUUUGCGGCUUUCGAUUUUCACCUUAUGAUUGUCGAUAGAUAUGAUGCCUUAAUGCUACAAAAUUCAGAGGACAGACUCAGAUUCGUUCGAGAUAAAAUUAGACAGAAGCAGAAACAGCUAGCUAUUAUUAAGAACACACCCAAGGAAAAGCUCCAGGAAAUUCUGGAACAAGUGCAGAGUCUGAAGAACCAGGGUGUGCCAGGUACCAAUUAUAAUUCACCCCCAGGAGAGGUAGGUCGUGGAGGUGGCUUAUGA